UCCAACGUUUAAACCCUACUCCCUUACACUUCUCUCAAUUCCGAGAAAUCUGAAAACCCCUUAAACCCUAUCCUUGGAGCCAGAGGCUCCACUUUUCCAACGAAAACACCGAGAAAAAGACAGUCACUUUACGGCUACUUCCAUUGGAUUUUCGGGUAGCCGAAAGCGGCAUUGUUGAUAUGCCCGUCAGGCUCUUACCCCAACUGCGUCUCUUCAAUCCUUCUCUUCCCGCCCUUUUCCCUUCCAUGAAGCUUGGACCCUCCAUUUCGUCUUCUCAGGCAACACUCAUGUUCUCUCGGAUCUUCCCCUUCAAGCUCAAGUACGUUGGCUUAGCUUCUUCUUGCCUUAUGCCAAAUGAGCAACCCGGGGUACGGAGAUUCUCUGCUCGGUCAUUCCGGGCGAGGACCGGGUCGGGCUCCGAGUUCAAGCGCGGUCGUGACAGGGGAGAGGCUCGAGUCUCGAAGAGUCUGAUUGAGGACGAAGCAGAACUUAGUGACUGGGUAGGCGAGUUGAGGUCCGACUCAUUCCGUGGUAGACUCACUAGCGAUGAUGAGUCCGAGGGAGAUAGGGAUUAUAAGAGCAGGAACAGAGGUAGGGGUAGGGAGUCUUAUUCAACGAAGCGGAGGAGGAGGGAGAGCGACUCGGAUGAGUUCAGUGAGUUGAAUAGGCAACGAGCUCAGGCACCAAUUGGGUCCUUUUCGAAAGAUUCACGGAUGAAUAGGCGGUUUGAUAGUGAUGAUGAGGAUUUCUCUUCGCAGAGAAGGAGCCACGGGUCUCGAGGAGAGAACAUGAAUUUGAAAGCGAAUUCUUCAUCGGGGAAGAGAAGUGGGAAAAAUGUGGAAAUGGGAUUGGGGUACAAUCGAAAUCGAGACAGUAGGAAUUUGAGGGAAGGUGGGAAGGAUUCGAGAAAAGGGUUGCGUUUUAUGGACGAUGAAGAUGAAGAAGGCGUAGAGGGCAGUAAGUUUGGCAUCAAGGAUUUAAUCAGCGAGGAAGAUAGUGAUAGUUUUGAAGACACCGAUAACGACGAAGAUGGUACAGUAGCAAAGAAAACUGCGACUUCUUUGUUUGGAUUGGACGAGGAAGUCGGUACAAAAGAUUCACAAAGAAGUUCGCCCAACAAAUCCGACUCUUAUUUGAGCUACACUAGAUUUGAUCAGUGUUCAGUCUCUCCCUUAUCCUUGAAAGGAAUCAAGGAUGCUGGUUAUGAAAAGAUGACUGUAGUACAAGAGGCAACCCUUCCAGUGAUACUCCAAGGUAAGGAUGUCCUGGCUAAGGCUAAAACAGGCACUGGAAAAACUGUAGCAUUUUUGCUUCCAUCAAUUGAAGUAGUUGUAAAAUCACCUCCUGUUGCUCGUGACCAAAAGCGACCGCCAAUUAUAGUGCUUGUCAUAUGCCCAACUAGAGAGUUGGCAAGUCAAGCUGCUGCAGAAGCCAAUACCUUGUUGAAAUAUCAUCCCUCUAUUGGUGUACAAGUUGUGAUUGGAGGAACAAGGCUUGCACUGGAACAGAAGCGCAUGCAAGCAAACCCUUGCCAGAUUCUAGUUGCCACACCUGGAAGGCUGAGAGAUCAUAUAGAGAAUACAGCAGGUUUUGCAACUAGGUUGAUGGGUGUGAAAGUCCUUGUGCUUGAUGAAGCUGAUCAUUUGCUGGAUAUGGGAUUUCGUAAAGACAUUGAAAAGAUAAUUGCUGCUGUCCCGAAACAGCGGCAAACACUUCUGUUUUCUGCCACAGUUCCAGAACAGGUCCGUCAAAUCUGUCACGUUGCUUUGAAAAGAGACCAUGAAUUUAUCAAUACAGUUGAAGAGGGCAGUGAGGAGACACAUUCACAAGUGAGGCAGAUGCAUUUAGUUGCUCCUUUGGAGAUGCAAUUUCCCCUACUAUAUGUUCUUCUGAAGGAGCAUAUCGCAGAUGAUGUUGACUAUAAGGUUCUUGUCUUCUGUACAACUGCCAUGGUCACACGAAUGGUUGCUGAUCUUCUUGGUGAGUUGAGCUUGAAUGUCAGGGAGAUUCAUUCUAGAAAGCCACAAAGUUAUAGGACCAGGAUUUCUGAUGAGUUCAGGAAGUCAAAAGGUCUUAUACUUGUAACUUCUGAUGUGUCUGCACGUGGGGUUGAUUAUCCUGAUGUUACCCUUGUCAUACAGGUUGGCUUGCCUGCUGAUAGAGAACAGUAUAUACAUCGGCUUGGCAGAACAGGGCGAAAAGGUAAAGAAGGGCAUGGCGUUUUGCUUUUAGCACCCUGGGAGGAAUUUUUCUUAUCCACCAUCAAGGAUUUGCCAAUAUCAAAAGCUCCAGUACCUUCAGUUGAUCCAGAUACAAAGAGAAAGGUGGAACGGGCACUAUCUCAUGUGGAGAUGAAGAACAAAGAAGCAGCGUACCAGGCGUGGCUUGGAUAUUACAAUUCUUACAAGAGUGUUGGGCGUGACAAGCAUAGGCUUGUGGAGCUUGCUAAUGAUUUCAGCCGAAGCAUGGGGCUUAAUAAUCCUCCGGCCAUUCCAAAGCUUGUCCUUGGCAAGAUGGGACUAAGGAAUGUCCCUGGACUGCGUUCCAAAUAGCUGACAGCUGGAAGCCAGGUCUUUUUUAGAGAAAAGAGAAACUAACUGACGCUUGUAUUCUUUUUUUCAAUACAUUGAUAAAAAUUAGCGAUAUUUAAUUUAUAUUCUCUAAAUUAUUGAUA